AUGAAGCGAGUGGGAUAUUGGAUAAGUGAGAAGAAGAGCAAGAAAUUGAAUUUUGAAGACCACAGGGAACUGUUCAGGAAAGAAGGUUUUGAACUGGUCAAGAUUGAUGUAACUAGAGAAUUAGAAAGUCAGGGACCAUUUGAUGUUAUAAUACAUAAAUUAACAGAUUAUAUAGCCAAAGCUAAUGAUGGCUAUCAACCUGCUCAACAAUAUGUACAUAACAUGCAGAAAUAUGUAGAAGACCACCCUAACUGUAUAAUGAUAGAUCGUAUAGAUAGUCUACAGAAUUUAUUAGAUAGAAAUAAACAGUAUAAAUCUAUUUUAAGGUGUAAUAUGCUCAGUGAAGACUCUCCUGUGUGUACCCCAACCUUUGUUAGACUAACAACUAAAGAUGUAGAUGUGAAUAGAACCAAAAUAUCAGAAGCUAAUGUAACGUUCCCUCUAGUGUGUAAACCUAUUGCAUCACAUGGUUCAAAAUACGCACACAUGAUGUCUAUUAUAUUUAAUGAUGAAGGUUUAAAGGAUGUCAAUCCACCUUGUGUUGCUCAGUCAUUCAUCAAUCAUAAUGCUUUAUUAUUUAAAAUAUUUGCUAUUGGUAAUAAGAUGUUUGUUGUUCAGAGACCCUCAUUAAAAAAUCUCUACCCUUCAGAUCAGGAAACAAUAUAUUUUGAUACACAGGAAGUUUCAAAACGAGACUCAACACACUUUUUAAAUGAGCUAGAUGCAUCUGAUAUAGAAUCCUCCCCUAUUAAACCAGAUAUGAAUAGAUUGAUAGAAGUGGGUCGGAGUAUACGAGAUACCAUGCACCUUGAUUUAUUUGGUGUCGAUGUUAUUAUUGAUAGUGAAAAUAAAAACUAUGCUGUGAUAGAUAUCAAUGCAUUCCCAGGUAUAUAUGAAAGGAUGUCUUGA